UCAAAUAAGACAGGAAGGGAAAUGAAAGAGAAGGAACCUAAAGUUCUAUCCAAGCCACGCAUCCCGGGCUUCCUUGGAUCCGCAGAACUUGUGAGAAGGCGAAAAGAUGAUGAUACCUUACGAGAGGUUGGAAAUGUUAUGCCAGAAUAUGACUGCGACAAGGACGAUCCUCCAAAGCAUAAGACAGAGAAGACGCAAGAGAGCAUACAUGAAACUGCUGGCCUUGUGACAAAAUCGCAAUAA